AUGAAGGUUGAAUUUGGUUCUGUUGUUUGCCUUGUGGCUUGUGCCGUGCGGUUGGUUUCUGCCGAUCUGGCUGGCAAAAUUUUCCCAGAGGAAUUGACGCCAAAACGCACCAGUAUUGAUGCCGUCAGGAAUGCCUACAUGACAAAACUAGCUGGCGGUGGAAAAGCAGAGAAGGCAGAGAAGCCAAAGGGACCCAGCGCCAGGAAUAUGGCUGAUCCUCUCUGGCCAGGCCCGCGCCCGCAAUUUGGAGUGGACCUAUCCCUCAAUAUCCGCUAUGACACGUUCCCAGCAGAGGUGUUGGUUUCCGUCGAGCCCCUUUUCAACCGCAACGGCACUUCAGUCGCCAGCGCGAGGACCAUCCACUCACCCAGACAAAGCACUUCACAAAAAAUUGACGUCACCAGCUAUGAUCUUGAAUUCACACCUGAAACUCUCUAUAGGGUUGAAUUGUUGGAUCUUGCAGGCGAUGGGAUCUGUUGUGACUAUGAAAGAGGUUGGGCGACACUUGUGAACAGGGGAGGAGAUGUGAUCUGGAGCACCGACGGUAACUAUACGUUUGCUGUUGCUGCCUACUUGUGGGUGGAUGAACUCGGGCGUGCCGACGUUGUCAGCUCCACCAACCUAGCAAUCCCUCCGGUUGCCAACCCCCCGCCGAUGGGGCAACCGCCCGUCCCUGCGCCUGAGACGCCCGGAACUCCUCAGCCAACACCUCAACCGCAGGGCACCACCAGCAUCGGUGUUACAGUCACGCUUCCGCCUAACCUCAACAAUCCACCCACGUCGCCUGGUACCGGUACCCCUCAGCCUUCUCCUGGUCCUACUCCUGGUCCUACUCCCAUGCCGACUCUCCGGACUACUCCAGGGCCAACACCUUCCCCCACACCAUUCCCGACUGAGUUCCCCACACCAUUCCCAACUCCUUUCCCAACCCCUGCACCGGUUGCCACCUUUAAUUGUAACCUAUGCCCAUUUGGUUCCGUUGGUCUCCCGGACUACGAAUUUGAGAAUGAUGGAACUACGUUGACUUGUGCGGAUGCCGAGAUAUUGUACGGUUUUCUGGAUGACGAUUCCUGCUCGGAAAAUGAAGAUUCUGGCUUGACUCUGUUCUACCAGGUCUUUUGUGAAUGUCCUGGCUUUGAAUCCAAUUGUCGACUGUGCGACGAGGAUGAGAAGGCGGAUCCCGACGUUGAGAUUGAGCUGACGACGGGCGAUAGUUUCUCGUGUGCCUUUUUGGAGUUUGACAUUUUGCGGGCCGACCAGGACACCUGCGAUGCCCUGGACCCUGUUCUUGAUCAACUGGCGGACGAUUGCCGGUGUGGAUAA